CGCGCAGUGAUCGAGCGCGCUGCGGGUGUCAGUCAGUCAGUAAUGGCGGAGGAGCUGGACGUGGAUUCUCUGAUCUCCAGAUUACUGGAGGUGCGAGGAUGCCGUCCAGGGAAGAUCGUUCAGAUGACGGAGUCGGAGGUUCGGGGUUUGUGCAUCAAGUCUCGUGAGAUCUUCCUCAGUCAGCCGAUCCUGCUGGAGCUGGAGGCGCCGCUGAAGAUCUGCGGUGAUAUCCACGGCCAGUACACAGACCUCCUGAGGCUGUUCGAGUACGGCGGGUUCCCCCCCGAGGCCAACUACCUGUUCCUGGGGGAUUACGUGGACCGGGGCAAGCAGUCGCUGGAGACCAUCUGCCUCCUGCUGGCCUACAAGAUCAAGUACCCCGAGAACUUCUUCCUCCUGCGGGGCAACCACGAGUGCGCCUCCAUCAACCGCAUCUACGGCUUCUACGACGAGUGCAAACGCAGGUUUAACAUCAAACUGUGGAAGACGUUCACCGACUGCUUCAACUGUCUGCCGAUCGCAGCCAUCGUCGACGAGAAGAUCUUCUGCUGUCACGGAGGACUUUCUCCAGACCUUCAGUCCAUGGAGCAGAUUAGACGCAUCAUGAGGCCGACGGACGUGCCUGACACAGGGCUGCUGUGUGAUCUGCUGUGGUCAGACCCGGAUAAGGAUGUUCAGGGUUGGGGAGAGAACGACCGCGGCGUCUCCUUCACCUUCGGUGCCGAUGUGGUCAGCAAAUUCCUGAACCGCCACGACCUGGAUCUCAUCUGCCGCGCGCAUCAGGUGGUUGAAGACGGCUACGAGUUCUUCGCUAAGCGGCAGCUGGUGACGCUGUUCUCGGCGCCGAACUACUGCGGCGAGUUCGACAACGCCGGGGGGAUGAUGAGCGUCGACGAGACUCUGAUGUGCUCCUUCCAGAUCCUGAAGCCGUCGGAGAAGAAGGCGAAGUAUCAGUACGGCGGGAUGAACUCCGGCCGCCCCGUGACUCCGCCCAGAACGGCCACGCCCCCGAAGAAGCGCUGAGGGGGCGGAGCCUCGGCCCAAACGGCCACGCCCCCGGAGAAGCGCUGAGGGGGCGGAGCUACAACACGUGUGAACCGGCAUGAAGACUGUCUUGAAAAUAGGAAUGAUGUAGUUAAACACGCUUGGGUUUCUCCGUUGAAGACACCGCUCCCGCUCUGAGAUCACUGUGUGCUGCUUUGCUUCUGUGUCUGUAAACCUCACGUCCUUCACAGUGUUUAAACACACAUUUCUUUUGAGCUUUUUCUCGCUCUGCAUCUAACAACAGAAGGGUUACAUUGACUAGGUCUUUUCUAGUUGAUCGUUUCACUCUUCGAGGCCUGUUGGAGUCAGACAGGUUCAUAACAUCUGGAUUUUCAGUAAAUAAAGUUGAACAAACCUCA